GCUGACCACUGACGGUGAAACGCACCGAGCGCCGCUCCUCGCCCUGAUCGUCCGCAUCAGACACAGGGCCCCUCUCUGAUUGGAUGGUUUUGUCAGCAUGACAGCCGAAGAUCCUGCUUCCUCCUCAACCAUGAGCAAUAACGCUGCCCCCUCCAAACCCUCCAAGUCCUCCGGUGCCUCCUACCAUUCCCUCCAAGGACAGAGCAACGUCCCAGAGGGAGUUGCGGGAGCUCCUAAUGAGCCAGCGCUGCUGACCUUGAUGGAGCGCACCGGCUACGGCAUGGUGCAGGAGAACGGUCAGCGUAAAUAUGGGCCCCCUCCAGGUUGGAGCGGUCCAGCUCCCCCUCGAGGGUGUGAAAUCUUUGUUGGCAAGAUCCCUCGAGAUGUUUAUGAGGACGAGUUGGUGCCCGUGUUCGAGUCCGUGGGAAAUAUUUACGAGAUGCGUCUGAUGAUGGACUUCGACGGGAAGAACCGGGGGUACGCGUUUGUGAUGUACACGCAGAAACACGAGGCCAAGAGGGCCGUGCGUGAGCUCAACAACUACGAGGUGCGGCCCGGCCGGCUGCUGGGGGUCUGCUCCUCUGUGGACAACUGCCGGCUUUUCAUCGGCGGCAUUCCCAAAACCAAGAAGCGUGAGGAGAUCCUGGAGGAGGUCUCCAAGGUGACAGAAGGUGUGUUGGAUGUGAUAGUUUAUGCGAGCGCCGCAGACAAGAUGAAGAACCGUGGCUUUGCCUUCGUGGAGUACGAGUCGCAUCGCGCGGCUGCCAUGGCUCGCAGGAAGUUGAUGCCCGGCCGCAUCCAGCUGUGGGGCCAUCAGAUCGCAGUGGACUGGGCCGAGCCUGAGAUCGAUGUAGACGAAGACGUGAUGGAAACAGUGAAGAUCCUUUACGUCAGGAAUCUAAUGAUGGAGACCAGUGAGGAGACGAUUAGAAAGAUCUUCAGCCAGUGGAACCACGGGUGUGUGGAGCGCGUCAAGAAAAUCCGUGACUACGCUUUCGUCCACUUCACGUCCCGAGACGAUGCCGUGCUGGCCAUGGACCACCUGAAUGGCACGGAGAUCGAAGGGUCCUGCAUCGAAGUGACGCUCGCCAAACCGGUGGAUAAAGAGCAAUACUCCCGCCAGAAAGCCUCCAAAGGAGGAAUCUCUGCCACUCCUGAACCUGCCCAGCAGAGCUACGUUUACCAGUGUGACCCCUACACGCUGGCCUACUACGGCUACCCUUACAACACGCUCAUCGGACCCAACAGGGACUACUUUGUGAAAGGUACUGUGAGAGGUCGAGGUCGUGCUGCUGCAGGUAAUCGUACCCCCGGGCCUCGGGGGUCGUACCUCGGGGGUUACUCUGCCGGUCGUGGCAUCUACAGCCGCUACCACGAGGGCAAGCCCAAACUGCCUGAAAAGCCCUAUGAACUGAUGCCCAGUCUGGAGCUCGCUGCCUCCGUCAACCCAGUCGGCAUCAAACCUGGCACAAUGGCGUUGCCAGCUCUGGGUGCACAGUACCCGGUGUUCAGCGCUGCUCCUGCGACCAAACUGAUGGAGGACGGGAAGGUGCACACUGUGGAGCAUCUCAUUAACCCUCUGGCCAUGCAGCACCCUGAACACAACACUGCCACUGCUGCCUCCGUCCUGCCUGCGGUGUCCACCCCUCCACCGUUCCAGGGUCGUCCCAUCACUCCCGUCUACGCCAUGGCUCACAACGUACAGCGCAUCCCAGCCGCCGGCAGCCUAUAUGGAGCCGGGUACGUCCCCAUCGCCAACUACGCUGCCAACACGGCCGCUCUGGCUGCUCUGCAGAAAAACGCAGCCGUGGCCGCGGCGUACGGAGGUUACGCUGGCUACGCGGUGCCACAGGCCUUCCCCGCCGCGGCCUUCCAGCUGCCCCUCCAUGACAUCUACCAGACAUACUGAUUCAGAAGCUCGCAGCGAGUCGCCCACUGACUGAACCUCAGCGCCGUCUGUUCCUUCGCACAGAUGCGUCUCCCACACACGAGCUCUAAAUGAAAUCGUAGCGAAUGUUAAGUCCAGACAAACCAACAUGGCGCCUUCUUUCUGCCGCUGGCGUCCUCUGUAGAUCCUGGACCGGCUCAGUUAGACAGCGUCACCGUUUCCCUUUCAAUAUUGUCACCGCCAAUUUGUUGCUAUAGCAACGGACACAUUUAAGGUACUUUUAAGUAUUUAUGAAGAGCAGACUCAUAGUUAAGGCUUUAUUCUUUGUUUUUUUUUUUUGUUUUUUUAUUGUUUGGCGAUAUUAGUUCACUUUACACUGUCCGAGGUGUAAAAACUAAGAGAAGUACAUUAAAUGAAGAAAAAGUAAACAGCAACUACUGAUAAAGAGGACGCCUCCGUCUGUGGAUAUACUCUGGGUUUGUUUGUUUUUCUUUUGAUCAUUCAUACAUAGUGUAGUUUUACAUGCUGUCAGUCCACGCUGGUUGAAUAUGAUCGCUUUGUUCGGUACUGUUUUUUCCCUUAGGUUUUAUUUUAUGUGUGUUUUGGUGUUUUAAAUGAAGGUUUUAGGUGUGUGUGUCUCAUAUCCUGGUUUUACAUUGAUGGAUUAUCUAGAGAGCAAAAACAGGAAAGAAAAAACUGGAAAUCUUUUUAGCCAACAAGCCACUGAGUACAUCCUGGU